CUCUUUUUUUUAAUUGUAGGAAGCAAUGGACUUUAUCUACAGGGAGCAAGGCCCAGCCGAGAUCGCCGUAACAACAGUGCAAUCGUUACUCAUUAUUGUAAACAUCACUGGAAACUCUUUUGUUUGUCUCAUCAUAGUAAAGAACAAAGACAUGAGGUAAGUACCGGUAUACCUAUACUGUCCGCAACAUUUACAGGUUUUGUAUAAGAAAAAUAGCCCGUAAACUUCUCACUCCAGAGCAUUAUAAGAGCAACAAAAGCAAAAAGUGAAAAGACAAAGUAAAUAUUGUUUUCGACGUUUUAGGAUGCAUUUCCUAAUUAACCUUGAAUAUGGGGGUCGAACUAAUGGGCUUGCAGGUUGAAAUUGCAUAAUCUUCCCUCAAGAAGUUUUUGGCGCGCGAUCCGCAAGUCACCCACAGCUCAUCAGUGUUCCUUUUUUUAUCUUUAUACAGUUGACUCUAGAUAACUCGAACCCUCCCUAACUUGCGCGAGCCUAGCGCAAACUCGAACCAUAGUCGAUUUCCUCUCGAUGUAUGGAUUCAUACUUCAACUGUAAUAUUACCCUCGGUUACUCGAACCCUCGAUAACUCGAACCUCCCGCUAACUCGAAGUAAUUUUUGUUUUCCUUCAAGUCACCUCUACAUAAUUUUACCCUCGAUAACUCUAACCACGUUUUAAGCCCGUGAGAAGGCGGAAAAUAAAAAUAGUGUACUGAAGUCCGAAACAUUGAAUUUAUUUCAAAACAAUUAUGUCAAUUCCUUGUCUUCACAUUUUUGUCACUCCACGGGUUAAUUCAAAUUCAGUGUCUAUCCAUGUAUCUUAAUCAAGCUUUGCUGCUUAAUUCCUUUUUCAAAAUAUCAAUCUAAUAAUAAUAAUAAUAAUGGUGUAUUAACAGUGUAUCCACCUAGUGGCUCUUCGCCUGUUAAAAACUACAAUAUAAAAAACGAAAAACUAUAAUAUACUACAAAAAAAAUUGAAUUGAAAUCUACAAUACAAAAAGCAAAAAUAUCGGACUAUAAAAGGAUAUUGUAUAAAAACAAAAAUGUUAUAAAGAUUAUAGUAAUAGUAAUACAACCCUAUAUACAAUUUACAAACUAUUUACAAAUCUUAUUUUAUAGAUAGGCAUUAACUUCCCUACAAUAUAAAUUUGAAAUCGCUACAGUUUCUAAUAUUUGCCGGAAGGACAUUAAAUAACUUGCCAGCAGAGUCUUGAAAAGUGCCCCUCUCCAUUGGUAUAGUAACUGCUUCGAGCCCCCGAGUCACUCGAACUUUUCUCAAUUUCCCUAGAGGGUUCGAGUUAUCGGGAGUCGACUGUUUUUAGAAAUAUUUAGUCUAAUCCAUAUCAAAUAUUCCGAUUUUGGAAAGUUUGUAUUAGAACUCCUAUAUGGGAAUGCGCACCCGCAUAUCGCGCUCGCUCACAGAUUAUCGAGCUCAAGAGGGGCUUCUCGCAGUCUACAUAUGAUCAGUACACCGUGGUCCUCUUUCUUCUACCGUCCUCUAGCCUAAACUCACUAUUAUCAUGUUUCUUUAAAUACCCUUUUCCGAGGGGAACUAACUAAGACAGCUUUUCUGGUUUCCCCAAGGACAGCAAUAAACUAUCUUCUUAUGAACCUAGCCAUCGCAGACAUUACUGUGGCCACAUUUUUACUACCAAGAUAUGUUUUUGUGCACACUUUCACUCAUCCUGAUGGAGUUGCUGGAAACGUGCUCUGCAGACUGCUGACCGGAGGAAAUGUUGCCUGGAUUGGAGGUGGCACAUCAGUUUUUACACUUGUUGCCGUAGCAACCGAACGCUACUUUGCUGCACUUCAUCCCUUUGAAAAAAAGGGGAAGUUUAGUGCUCGUAGAAUAAAGGUAUGCUUAUCUUUUUUGUAUUGAAUUGUGAGUACACAAAUGUAAAACGAAUGAACUCUUUCUUCUGGAGUUAGCGUAAGAGGUUCAUUGACUUUGUCUACAGUUGAUACCUUUUGCGUCAUCAUAGCACACACCCUUGAUAACCAAAACACUCUUUACACAAAGAUAAAAGUUAGUUUUCAUAACAUUUAGAAGUUUCUCUUGGUAUCGUGACUAGCAGAUAUACUAUGACAGGAAAGUGGAAUGAAGAUUGCAAUACUUUCAAUGCAUAAUAAUCCACAUGAUUGAGCGAGGCAAGAACUCAUUUCCUGGCCGAUGGAAAGCUCCUGGUAAAAAUUGUGCGGCGGCUGCAAAAACGUAGUGUAGAAAACAGAGAAAAGUUAGAUGAAACGCAAAAUUUGAAAGUUGGUGUUACCGGGUAUACUGAUAUAAACGGGCAUCGCAAGGCAAAGAAACGCGUGGCUGGGGCAAACCUUACCUUAGGGAAGCAAAAGUGCUAAUUAACACUUGUAAACUGGUACAACAUGUCAUGAAACAUUUAACAAUUAGUUCAUGCGGCAGCGUGCGUAUGUCGAGAUAUUGAGCACGCGGGAAGUUUGGAGAGCACGAAAGAGGCGUAAGAGUUGCACGAGGCGCAGCCGAGUGCAACUCUAGCCUUUUGAGUGCUCUCCAAACUUCCCAAGUGCUCAAUAUCUCGACAUACGCACAGCUGCAGCAUGAACUAAUUGUUUUAUAACAUUAUCAAAGCGAUCAAUGCAGCAGUUAACUGAAAAUUUUAUUAUUGUAGGGCGCGCUCAAAGCAGUACGCGUUAAUGAUUACGUGACUAUAUUUUUUUUCCUCACAGUUAAUCUUAUGUUUUUAUCCUGAAACUGAGAGAAAGUGUACUCUAAAAUGAUUGCAAAAUCCAUAUUUAGGUGCCGGAAAACUUUUAAUUUACCGAAAAAUUGUUAUUGAGAGAAAACAACUUUGCAAAGAAUGAUCUCACGCCAUAGCCCGCACAGCUCGCCGAGAUGACAACAACAACAACAACACUCACCUCUUUUCCUUACUAUCGGUUAACAAAUUCAAACCUUUCCUCUUAAAUUUCCUUAUAAAACACAUGGUAAACGCUUCAUUGUCUAUUGCUGAGUUAUGGAUGCACUCGGGAGACUCAGGAUUGCUAAGCUCCCAACAACUCGAGGAAUUACGAAUAGUUUAUUGACGUCAUCAGCGUGCUCAAUAGGAAUAUGAAGCACGCUCGCGCUAUUGAAUUUGAUUAGGCGAAUUUUCUAGCUAUGUUAUAAUGUAAUUUUGUAUACAUAUUUCAGAUGACCAUCGCUUGCUCUUGGAUCUUUGGGAUCGUCAUCACUUUUCCAAUGUUCCUAGCAAGGAACUUUGACAAGGAACUUGAUUGGUGCGUUUAUACUUGGUCUGAAGAAUGGAUGGGUAAAGCCUAUAGCAUGGUUUGGUUUCUGUUUACAGGAUUUUUCCCCGUUACUUUCAUGAUCGCUCUAUACUCCCAAGUCGUGUACACUAUGUGGUUCACACGUUCAAAGCCAAGAGGACGUCAUCAUUGUGUGCAACAGGUUCGAAACUAAAAUAAAAACAAAAUGCUAUAUACCAAUUAUUUAUUCCUGCAAGAAAAAGUUCUCUUUAAUUUUCGCCAUAUAAAAAUUCCUUUAUUGAUCAAUCUUGUUCGGUCAAGAUAGCUGUAUUUUGGCCACGGUCUUUUAUGAGGUUUUUAGGGACCUUAAGAUACUCUGGACACGGCCGAGGAGGAUGUCAACCGGAAGUGAAAUGUUCAAUUCUUGGAACUAAUUAGCAUAAUGCCUAGUUUGGCCGCCUCCUUAAACGGUGGGUUGGUUUCUUGUUUUCGGUGCAGAAAUUGCUUUUCAUACAAAAUUUUCGAUCCAUUUUACUUCAAGAGACACAUUUAAGUGUUUUUAGUGUGGUGUUUCCUCAAGAUUGACUCUUAUUUUUUUCCUAUCAAGCCUUUUGGGCUUAGUGUUUUGGCGGCAAAUGAGAAUGAAAGCGAAGUCUUUCGACACAAAUGUAACGCUAUAACUGCUUAUUUUUAAGGGGACGACGUUCUCGAUUUAGGAUAGUAUUUGAAAACUUUAAGAGACGAGAAGAACAAAAAUUGUUGGAAAACAAAACAGUCUAGGCUUGUAAUAAACUCGGCGAAAAUUAAGAUCUUGAACAAGACGCCAUCGUGGUCCAUUUAUUAACUUUUAAAAUUUCAUUUUGUUCACUUUCCGUUCGGCGAUGAAGAUCAAAAUGAUCAAAAGCUCGGGGUUGGCCCCGUGGUGGGCAAAUGCCCGACCCCCGGGCCACGCAAAAUUUGCUAAUGUCGGGACUGACAUGGUAGGCAAAUGUUCCGCAGCGGCCCAGGGGAGGGGGCUGGGCGCAGCUGGAUUUGUCUGAUGCAUAAUCACGCUAAAAAGAACUUGGCCAAUAUCCAACCAUUUUGACCUCCCGCUUGGUCAAUAACGCAUGUGUAGGUUAACGUCACCACCGUCAUUUAGUAUAUAAGUGAUUUACCUACAAUCCUAGCUGCUGGUCCCGUAUACUCACCCGCACCAGGGUUUAUUCUGUUUCACAAACAAGUUGAAAUUUUAAAUUUUUGUUUUCAGGGUGUACUGAAAGUACGCAAGCGGGUCACCUCGAUGGUCAUAACAGUCAGUAUCAUUUUUGGAGUAACCUGGCUUGCAGACUCGUUUAACUGGGUCCUCUACUAUUAUAAACCUUCCUUCAAUCAGUUGACAUACGCAGCAACUUCCAUUUUGGUCCUGUUCAAUUCUGCUAUCAAUCCUAUUUUGUAUGCUUUGAUAAAUCAGCGAUUCAAAGAGAAAAUGAAAGGAAUAUUAAGUGGCAAGUGUCGUGCAGAACCAGACGGGAUUUUUUCUGUUAAAAAACAUGAGAAACUGGAGAUAGCCGUUAUCUCCUUUCACCAAAGCCAAUUAACGGACGAACGUAGCUGAGGGAGUGAUUUCUGAUAAUUUAAUUUAUUUAUAGAGUUUACCUUAAUUAAUGUGUAUUUAAAACGUGACCGUAAAAACAGCAACUGGUUGGUUAAUUAGAGGCCACCUUUGGGAGGGAGAAAGGGGCUUGAGUCAGUGUUGGCGGGAAGUGCCGUGUUUGCUGGCAGGCUAGGCUGUGGGGGUCAAUAAUCAAAAAGUCAUCAAGAAUAUGGCAUACAAAAUAAGAUGGGACUUUUGUUUACGGUUAUCAACUCUACAACAUACCAUACACGUGAAUAAAAUUAAACCGGAGAACUUUUGAACCAUUGCAAAGCGGAAAGCUAAGUGGGAAUAAUACUUGCAAUAUUGAACUAAAAAAACUGUUCAUGAUCUAAAAAGUCAAUUAGAUAUCGUUUUGGACAAUAGUCCUGUAAGGGAGGAUAAUCCUUAGAAAGAGUUGUCCGAUAACAAUCUACAAGGACUACAAGCUUUGGCGUCCUUUCACAUUGAGUGAUUGACACUUUUAGUAAUAUGUCCUGCUUUGUGUAAGAUUAGAGACCUUUAGAUUCUAGGACGAGAAGGACUACGAGUACGAGAUGUAAUUUAAAGCUGUUUCGCGUUUGCUCAGAUAAUAGACACCCCGGAAAGCUUUAUUGUACAUCUUUUUCGCUACAAGAAAUUAGCACUGUUAUCUUGAUUGAAGGAGGUUAAGCUAUCUCCCAGCUGCAAAAUAUUAACACCUAUAACACUUUAUAACUUGUGUCCGCUAACGCGACAUUCUCGCUAAAACUCGUGGUAAAAUGACGACGACUAUCAUGUUUUCCUGCCACAAUGACGCUGGCUCACUCGCUCGCACUACUCAUUAUUGAGAAAAUAUCGUACUCGCACUCGUCUUAGAAUCUAAAGGUCCCUAUUAAUGUUGUUACUGCGAAGAAAGAAACUGAUAUUGAGAGUACUACUUCCUGACGGGAAAAAUGAAAACGUUAAAAUAGCCAUCCUCGCCCUUCCAAUUCAACCAAGUCAAUAAUGCGAAUAUUGCACCAGAUAUCUGAUAGUUGAAGCGUCUAUGGGUGAAUUAUUGCGUGUAUGUUGUCUAUGUUGUCAUUGAACUGUUUUGCACCCACGUAUGCUGUGUCCAUACUGUGUCUAAAAUUAAAAAACUAAAACCCUUCAAUUCGGUUAUACCAGUCGUAACAUAAAGAUAGAACCUGGCGCAACGUUAAAGUGCCUACAAAUGACGUUAUUGGUGUUAAUGCAUUCCACCAAAAGUUAAUUCAAUCAAAAAACAGGUUAUUUGAGUUCCUACUAUACUGCUACUAAUAUGUUUAGGUUUAGACUUAUCAGAUAGAGUGUUUUUACAUAACGUCACGGCGGCCAUAUUAGUGUCCCAAAACAAGGAAACGGUGGCAAUGUUGGUAUCCCAAACCGUUCCUGUGGGGUUGAACUCUUUUCUUAUGCAAACACUUUCUUUUGUUCUAAUAAAUUUGCAUAGAUGAUGGCCACAUGAGUGAAAACGCUCCAUAAAUUUAAAAAAAUGGUAAACGUGCAGCGUGCAGCAAUCGAGUUAUGGAUACAAAAAGAAGUUAUCGUCACACUAAAAAGAACAUUUUUUGCUACCCGCCAGAGAAAAAAAAUCAUUGCAACAAACAGCAUUUUGGCACGAGGUAAAAGUAGUAUGUUGCCCACCGACUCCCUUUUUACACUGUAAUUUAGUUUAGUAACAAAAUGCAACGCGCGUUUCAUAAAAAAAAAAAAGGUUAAAAAGUAAUAUACAGUCCUGCCGAUGUAAGAAUUUCAUAGUUCUCAAACAAGCGUCAGGUCUGGAUCCGCCACUCCUGUGUGUGUGAUAUGUCAGUACAUGUGCUCCAUGGAAUAAAAGGUGCUAUGUAUUUCUUUUACGAUGUGUUGCACUAGUUGUCGUCGAUUAGUGCCAGACCAUCCUACUGGCACAGCCUUUCUGACUUGCACGAUUUUGGUGUCUUCGAGAAAAAACUCUGCAUGACUUGAGUAAGGUCUUACUUCGCUUUUCACAAACAUGCGAAUUCUGAAGUUCAAAAGCCAACUGACGAUUGCGUUUUUCGCUGCCGUAAAUCAUCUUAACGGACCUCUUAAGAAACAAAACUUUACUUUAACGGGUUCAAAAGGUCAAGGUUUGUGAUUUGUGAUUGGUGGAUUUCGAUCCGUUUUGUGUGUUUCUGCGUUUCCAGGUUCGUUAAUUAUGAUCGUAAUUAUGAUUGACGGCAGCGAAAAACGCAAUUGCGAAGGCGGCUUUUGAACUUUAGAGUUCGCAUGUUUGUGAAAAGCGCGGUAAUUGAGAAUGUUUUUUCUUCUCCUGGGAUACACUUUUUGAACCCAGGCCCAAAAGUCCCACGCUUGGUAAAGAGGGCUCAUUUAUCAAAAAGUGGACGCUAUUGACUAGUGCGGACGUUUGGGCAUCGGCGACUUCAAAGGCUAGGCAGAGCCAGCCUCGUUCCUAGUCGUCCUCGGCGAUUUCGGAAGUGACGUCACCUGUCAAGCUUGUCGGAAAAAUUCGCGCUAUCGCACUCUGUUCCAAGCCUCCUCUGGUAACUCGGAUAGCACGAACUGGCCUGGGUACGAGGCUGAAGCAGAGCGUCUUUUUUUCCUCAAUGAACAAAACAAAAGGAGGCUCUGCUCGCAGGGUCAAGGAUGCUAAGGUUUUUCACGACUUUAGCUCUUACACAGAGGUUUUUUUUCUACACGAUAUACAACAUUAAGGCUAAAAGCUACAAUUUAAAGCAAUUUUUGAUCAUUCUGCUAGAAGAUACCAAAUCCUAUGGAGGCAGAAAUUAAAGGAACGGUAAUCUACAUUUGGGUAGCCUUUGUACUUCGCCUGAAAAUUCUACUUGAGUAUUUCUACUAAGAUUUUCUACUCAGUUUUUGCUAAUUUUUGAGCCAGCUUUGUUAGUGUUUAAAUAUCACACUUAAGUAAAAUCCAACAGGUGAUCUAUUAUCAAUGCUGCGUUCUGAUUGGUUGAGCUACUACUACGCCAUAAGUUAUAGCCCACUAAUAGCUAAAAGCGCCGGCUUUUUGGCGGCAAAAAAGGAUUAAAGUCUAGUUUUAACCAGCUAAGGUUGUUUUGUCUGCAUAUUAUUGACCAACUAGUUGGUUUUUACUAAAACAAUUAUUCUUCUCGCUCUCAUGGCCUCUGAGUCAAUAGCCCAUCCGACCUUCGGCUUCAUAGGCUAUUGCUAGUCUUUACACUAUAGCCUAAAUAAGCUAAGAAAUAUUUCAAGACAAGUAAAUUUUAAAGUCUUCAAGUAAAAGAAAGCUUCACACACAACCUAUCUUUUUUACUUCAGGUUUACAUAAGCCUAUUUUCCCACGCAACAUAAUUAAGAUUGAUUGACGUGCUUCGCCUUUCUCAAAGCUUAGAAACCGCAAGUUCGCCAAGUCGGUUUUAAGGAUGGUUUUCAAGUCAGUUUUACCCCAUCUCACAUACUGUAGCUUGGUGUGGCACUUUUGUCGUGCAAGCGACAGAAACAAGCUAGAGAGAAUUAAUGAAAGAGGACUACGUACAGUCUUCAAAGAUCGAGUCUCUCCUUAUGGUGACCUUCUUACACACGCUGGAAUGACUAGUCUAUAUAACAUGAGAUUACAAGAUGUCGCUAUCUUUGUGUUCAAAAUAAGGAAUAGAUUACUGCCUUACAACAUACUAGAACUCUUCUCGUCAUAGCCUUCGAACUACAACCAGAGGAACUCGGGGUUUCACGUUCAAAGGGUAAAAACUGUUAAAUAUGGAAAGCAUUCCCUCAGAUUUUUUGGGCCAUUUUUAUGGUCAAAAUUGAGUAUGAAGGACACAAACGAGACCUCCUUAAGCAGGUUUAAAACAGAUAUAAGGAGAAAAGAUCUGAGCAAAUUGGUUAGUGAUAACGCAUGCAAAGGGUGCCACCUGUGUGACUCAUAAUUCAUAAACAGGAAAUAUCAUAACUAGUAGAGUUGAAAUAUUAUGAAAUUGUAUAUAUAGUUUUUUUUUCUUAUUUAUUACAUAGGUGUAUUUUCAAAGCAUAUUGAAUAUCGUGUAUCUUUUUAGUAGUUUUAGAAUAGUUAAAUCUUAUUGGCCUAUAGUAUUAUGUAUAUAUAUUUCUUAUUAAUAAGUUAUUUAAGUAGUGUCCCCGAUUAGUAGGCCUGACGGCAAGCUAGAAGACUAGAAACUUAAAUAAAGUUGUUGAUUGAUUGAUUGACUUUAAACUUUCUUGAAUCGUUUCAACUUUCCCACUUUAAUGAGAUGCAAAGUAAAGUUACUUAAGAUUUUACUUAGGCCUUCACACGUACGCGUAUUGUUUAGUUAAGUAAAACUUAGCAGCUGUUAAGUCUUACUUAACAGCCUAGUGUAAAGACAACCAUUGACUCAGAGCCCAUUCGGGCUCGUGGAAUAAUUGUUAAAUGGAUUUUGCAAAAGGGAUAAACCCUUCUCGAUCUAUAGAAUACUUUAGAUCAUUCUCAGCCUCGUCCUAAAUAUUUUUAAGAACAGGUGCCGUUCAGUAGUCAUAACUUAGUGGGUGAUUACUAAAUACAAGGAUAAAUAAGCUUUUCCACUCCUAAUAAGAAACGAUGGAACCACUUUUUAGAAACGAAAGCAAAAAUUACAUUGAAAUUCUACCGCUGUUCAUGACAUAACGGUCAACCCUUUUAACUGAACAGCUGCUGAGUAAAAUGUUUAUAUCAUGAUGAUAGACUUUAGACUUCCCGUUUUUUAGGCAUAUGUUUGACAGUUCUUCUACCAUUUUCGAUAGAGCAAGCAGUGGAAAAACGCAGGAUUAGAAUUCACAAAGCCACUUUCCAGGUAUUUGCAAAAUCGGUAAAAACUGUUUCUUUUUAUUUGAAUACCUAAGUCGUUUGAAAAAAAGAUUAAUUACGAUAAUAAAGCUGGAUGCAUGAAGAGGAAGGUUAAGAAGGGAUCGUUGUGUAAAACGGAGUCAUCCAUGAGGAAAAAGCAAAAAAUAAUAUUCCACCUCGACAAAAGCUAUGUGACAUAAAAACGUUCAUUUUAAGGAGCUAUUGAGUCAAAGACCAAAACAAUUAACCAAGCAAUGUAGAGGAACUUCAAGUUCUAUGUCACUCGAAAAUAAAAUUCAUAUCUUAGCGCCACCGUGUAAUAUCCUCUAUAUAUUACAACAAAAAGACUCGAAAAAACGUAAAUAUCGAUAACCUAAUCCUAUAUAAGAUCUUUAUGAGUAAAAAAUGUCUCAAAAUCCUCUUUUUUUUAAUUGUAGGAAGCAAUGGACUUUAUCUACAAGGAGCAAGGCCCAGCCGAGAUCGCCGUAACAACAGUGCAAUCGUUACUCAUUAUUGUAAACAUCACUGGAAACUCUUUUGUUUGUCUCAUCAUAGUAAAGAACAAAGACAUGAGGUAACUACCGGUAUACCUAUACGGUCCGCAACAUUUACACGUUUUUUUACAAGAAAAAUAGCCCGUAAACUUCUCACUCCAGAGCAUUAUAAGAGCAACAAAAGCAAAAAGUGAAAAGACAAAGUAAAUAUUGUUUUCGACGUUUUAGGGUGCAUUUCCUAAUUAACCUUGAAUAUGGGGGUCGAACUAAUGGGCUUGCAGUUUGAAAUUGCAUAAUCUCCCCUCAAGAAGUUUUUGGCGCGCGAUCCGCAAGUCACCCCCACAGCUCAUCAGUGUUCCCCCAUCUUUUUUAAUCUUUAUACAGUUGACUCUAGAUAACUCGAACCCUCGCUAACUUGCGCGAACCUCGCGCAAACUCGAACCCUAGUCGAUUUUCUCUCGAUUUCUGGAUUCAUACUUCCACUGUAAUAUUACCCUCGGUUACCGUAAAUGAUCUAAUAAACGCCUCCUCUCUAAUGAACGCCUCCUAUCUUAUUAACGCCCCCCUAAGCUGACAAGUUUGUAUUAAACGCCCCUCUCCAAAAAACGCCCCCUGUCGAAUAAACGCCCCCCUUCCCUGAAAACCACACAUAAACUGGAAACAGAUGUACAAUACAAUCAAUCAAUUUAUUUGCGUUCUUGCUUAAUUAACACCAGUGUGCGAGUUGCGUUUUGCUCAAUUUCCAGUUCAAAGUGAGGAUAGCGUUCUUUAAUGUUCUUGAUCCCAUUUCAAGCAAUAACUAACUCAGACAUAGAAGAAGCCGGCGAUGAAAAUACCAUGGUGCUCGACGAGGACUCGGAUGUUGACAUUGAGCUAUAAGAACUACCAGUAUACGGUACCCUUUUCCGCCACUUUGUAUGUACCAUAUACCGUUAUGGAUUUGUAGACGGUUUAGACUUAUCAGCGGACCGACUUGAUAGUCUGCUAAAGCUCUGUCAUUUAGAUUAUUAUAAUACCGUAUUUAGGUUACCAUGUUACAGUUAUUAGAAUAAACGCCUCUCUCUUUUAAACGCCUCCCCCCCUUCCUUGGACCCUUGAAAUUUAAUAAACGCCCGCCCUCCCGCUAACUCCAAGUAAUUUUUGUUUUCCUUCCAGUCACUUCUACAUAAUUUUACCCUCGAUAACUCUAACCACGUUUUAAGCCCGUGACAAGGUGGAAAAUAAAUUAGACAGUGUACUGAAGUCCGAAACAUUGAAUUUAUUUCAAAACAAUCGUGUCAAUUCUUUGUCUUUACAUUUUUGUCAUUCCACUGGUAAAUUCAAAUUCAGUGUCUGUCCCUGUAUCUUAAUCAAGCUUUGUUGCUUAAUUACUUUUUCAAAAUAUCAAUCUAUAUCUCUUGCUUCCCUGAAGAGAAGUGAGCAUGACAUUUGAAUUCCCUCCACAUCCAUUUGCUUAUGUGCUUGUGUCGGGCUAUCUACUUCGAACACCCGAGUAACAAGAACUUUUUUUCGAUUUCCCUCGAGGGUUCGAGUUAUCGGGAGUGGAUAUCAAAUAUUCCGAUUUCGGAAAGUUCGUAUUAAAACUCCUAUAUCAGAAUGCGCACUCGCAUAUCGCGCUUGCUCACGGAUUAUCGAGCUCAAGAGUGGCUGUUCGCAGUCUAUAUAUGAUCAGGACACCGUGGUCCUCUUUCUUCUGCCCUCCUCUUGCCUAAACUCACUAUCAUCAUGUUUCUUUAAAUACCCUUUUCCGAGGGGAACUAACUAAGACAAUUUUCUGGUUUCCCUAAGGACAUCAAUAAACUAUCUUCUUAUGAACCUCGCCAUCGCAGACAUGACUGUGGCCACAUUUUUAGCGCCUCGAUAUAUUUUUAUCCAUACCUUCAUUCACCCGGAUGGAGUUGCUGGGAAUAUUCUCUGCCGGCUACUAACAGGAGGAAACUUCGCCUGGGUCGGAGCUGGCGCAUCCGUAUUUAUCCUUGUCACCAUAGCAACUGAACGCUAUUUUGCUGUGAUAUAUCCUUUUGAAAACAAAGGAAAGCUUAGCAGUCGUAAACUUAAGGUGAGGAAAUACAAUGUGAUGAAAGGCGAGUGAUUUUAUUUCAAUUUAAUUUUUACACUCUUACAAAAAUAUCAAUACCGGAGGGAAUUUUGCCUGGAUUGGAGGUGGCACAUCAGUUUUACACUUGUUGCCGUAGCAACUGAACGCUACUAUGCUGCACUUCAUCCCUUUGAUAAAAAGGGGAAGUUUAGUGCUCGUAGAAUAAAGGUAUGCUCAUCUCUUUUGUAUUGAUUUGCGUGUACAACAUUAAAAGCGAAUGAACUCUUUCUUCUGGAGUUAGCGUAAGUGGUUCAUUGACUUUGUCUACAGCUAAUAGCGGAGCUCUCUCGUGCGCGACGCGCGUGCCUGCGAAGCACCAUGGGUAAGAAAAUUUGGUAAACUAUUCAUCCGAGAAAAUUUGGUCAUCAUGACGUAGCGUACGCCCACCCGUACACACACCUCAUGUAAGCUGAUGUCAAAUGUCACAUUAGAUCUUGGAGAAAUUAACACUUUGUAACCCAUCCGAAUGAGGAUGAAUUGACAGCUGUCAAAAUCAGACAUCCGCUGACAGUAAUCACGGCGGGCUCAGAUAAAGGACCAGUCGUUUUUUCCCUACAUGUAAGCUGAUACAAUAUGUCACACCAACAUGAAAAUGAAAAUGAAACGAAACUUCACUUUCACCGGCCAGGGCUGUCAGUUGGCUACUAGCGCGAAGCGCGCGCGUGGGCGGAGCCCCAUAGCUAAGGAAAUGUGGUAAUCUACCCAUCCCAGAAAAUUUGGUAAUCAUGUGACCGUACACCGAGCGAGCGACCGUCCGUCCUCACCACAGGCAUACCAAUGUAAAAUAACUCAAUCAACAGGUAUGGGAACACAAAUGCAACUCAAGGUUUUGUUUGGAAGGAAAUCACAUAGCCGCCCGGACUUUUAGAAAGAAAAAAGUAAUGUCUUUUUCGGCGUUAUUUUUUAUGUGUACACUAACGUGGAUAACGGAGAAAGAGUUAGAGCGAGUUAUUGAAAAUUCGUUGGAAGAAAAACAUGGAAAUUCAAAGCGGUGGUGAGAAAAUGAGAAAUGCUAGCGGUCAGCAAGGUGAAAAUGAGCGGCAGUGAAAAAUAAAAGCGAACAUGAACACUGGAAACAAAAUAUUGGGUAAGCACAUACGAAUAAAAAUAGUGUCCAUAAAAAUAGUGUGUAACUAGAAGGUUUGACGUUUUAGUCGUUCAAAACAGUGUUGUAGUCGUGCAAAACAACGGCAAGGGAAAAACAAUAAAGCGUGCUGCACGUACAAAUUUGCUUUGUGCUAAUUAGAAGAAAAAGUGUGCUGCACGUGCAAUUUGUUCUUUUGCUAAUUAGAUCUAUUAGUUUCAUUGUCGUCUCCCGUUUAGCGUUACACGAUUUAAUUUUUUUUUGUUUACACGUAUUAUUAACCAGAGCUUCGCUUUUAGCCCUGGCUAAAUCUAUAUAUUAUGCGCUAGCCAAAUUAAGGUCAAUUGUCAGCCGUCAAAAUUGAACAUGUAUAGACCACUAUCAGAUCACUAACAACGCGGUCUCAAAUACACGAUCUAACAUUUCGCCCCAUUAAUCCUCUAUUACAACCCAGACUGAAAAAUGUCUUACUCACACUCGCAGUCAACAGUCCGUUUAUUCGAAAAUUCACCAGUCUAAUCAAGUUCAAUCGGCAGCUGUCAAACUAGAGCAUCCGCUGACCAUCAUUACCUGCCCGUAUCGCGGGCUCAGGUAUCGGCCCACUGAGUUCGAGUUUUUUGAAAUUAUCCGCUGACAAGUUUCUACUUUUCAAAUGAUUGCAGGUUCAAGUUCAAUUUCUUUAGCGCAUAGGAAAUGGGAAGUUGUGUUUAUGAGCCGUACUAUUAAACUUUUAAUUUCAAACUGACCUCGAACGCGAGAAUUCAGCCAGCUUUUACAGUCAGGGAAGUUGCUUUUGACCUUUCUCACCAUGGUCACGCGUUGGUCACGCUCUACGUCCAAUUUUUAUGUUCUUAUUGGUCAAAAGGUGACAGGUGAGUUCAUGCGGAAAAUUUAUGCAGCAUCUUGAAACUUGAUUACUGAUACCUGAAACUGACAGAGUUUUGUGUAACAUUGUGAAUCAGUGGUCGGUUCUGGCAAUUCUACUUUUUGCAAAAAACGCGGAUAACGAAAAUAAAAAAAUGCCUAAAAAAGUUAAAGUCGAAAAAAGUCGACUUUUUCCCGGCCCCUUUCUUUGUUUGGUAUUUUUGGCGGAGUGCACUCGACUGACAGCUGCCAAAAAAUGGCGGGAAAUUUUGGCAAUCGUGGCAUUAAUUUACGAGUGUUUAUAUGUAGUUGCACACUUUGUGUUCCGGCAAUGUUUCAAGAUGUCGGAUCUUUACGUUAAAAUUUAGAUGGACAAGAAAUAAAAAAGGGGUAAAACUAAAGUCUUCAACUCUAAACAAAGGUCAUCUGGUAAUUUAUGUUCGAUCUAAACUAGGGGAUCUACGAACAUUUCCCUCGAAGAAGAGGAGAUAGUUCCACCAUCAGUUACUGGCUUUUAGUAGGUCGAGGACUUUGAGAAGACGUACCAGAGGACGGCGACAAGAACAAAUUUCAACCCUCCGCCUGGGCAGAGUGCGCUGGCCGUACUAAAACGACCAACCUUCACCACCACCAAGAUGGGUCAAGUGGCGUGGAGGAAAUCGCUUGUAGUGGUGGAUAUGUUGCCGUCUGGCGAACGUUCAAGGUACGGUGUACAUGUCGCUGACCGAAGAAAAUUCGUCGGUCGAUGAAGUACAGUGGGUACUAAAACAACAAUUAGGAUUUGAAGUGAUUCUUCUAGAUGCAAAUACUUCAUCAACCGACGAAGUUUCUUCGGUCAGCGACAAGGUGCACCUGGAACUUUUCUCCAAUUUCGCCAGACGGCGACACGUCCACCAUAUGAGCGAUUUCUGCCGCGUCUCUAGACCCUUUUUGGUGGUGGUAAAGGUCGGUCGUUUUUAAAUGCCCACCGCACUCUGUCAAGGCGGUGGGGGGGGGGGUUGGGAUUUGUUCGUGUGGCCGUCCUUAGGAAGGAAAGAGGUACCCCAAGCCCUGUACACUGUACUGCAGGCAUUACUGAGCUAACUGAGUUGGCAGUCAUUCGUUCUCCGUUGACUGAGUACGUCUUCUCAAAGUCCUCGACGUGCUAAAAGCCAGUAUGGGAGAAUUUUCUCCCCUUUUUUAAAGGAAAUGUACGUAGACCUCCUGGCUUAGGACGAGCCUAAAUACCAUGGCCAGAGUUCCGUUGUUUAGACUUAAGUUUUACCCCUUUUCUUAUUUCUCGCUCAUCUUAAUCUUGACGUAAACGUCCGACAUCUUGAAACAUUGCCGGAACACAAAGUGCGCCUACAUAUGAACAAUUGUAAAUUAACGUCACAAUUCACUGCUCACAAAUACCUGUCAUUUUUGACAGUUGUCAGUUGAGAGGACUGAAGAUUGAGAUUCCCGCCCUUGUUUGACAACUGUCCGCCCAAAAGGACCAAACAAAGAAAGAGGAAAAAGGUCGACUUUUUUUUACUUUGAAGAAAAAGGCAAAAAGUUGAAAAAACUCGAGAAAUGUCUCUUUCCAGCUUUUUUGCGAUUCGUGAGAUAUGAAUAUUACUCAAGAAAGUUGCUUCACUUUACAUGACUUUAUAUCGAAGACAAAUCCUAAAAAUAUCCGGCUUUUCGUGAGAAAAGGGGGCACUUUUCUCAAGUUUCCAUAAUGGCGACUGAAAGUUAAAAAAGGGUUUCCUUUUUUCUGUGUUGAGUAUUGAAUACAAAUGAAGAUCUUGAUUUCUAGGCGUUUUUCAUUUUGUGAAUCCGCGUUUUUUGCAAAAAGUAGAAUUGCCGUAACCGACCACUGAUUGUUGUGAAGCUUUGAACUGUGUUUUUCCAGUGGAUGCACAAAAUGAAAUACAGCUGCUAGCAAGAUUCUUAAGUUAUUCAUGGCUGGUUUGUUUGUUGUUUUUUUGGUUAAGAAAUGCGCCGCUUGUCAAAGUCAUCGGAAAUCCGAUUUCGGAUGGAUCGCUUUUACUCACUUCCCCUUCCUUAAUGCUUAUUAUAAAGAGAGUUCAAAAAAGUCUCAAGCGAUUCUGAUGGCCUUCAGGAGCUGCAUCUUGACUGGUAAGCCUGAGUUAUUUUUUUUUUCUCUGGUUUCCUAAAGUCGAGCGUAGUUUCUGCGCCAAGUUUAUGUACAAGACAAUGAUCUGACCUAAAGUAGCAUCAGGUUUGACAUAAGCUUACAGCUUUUUAAAAAGUCUUAACAUUUCCUGACCACAAAAUUAUACAAAGAAAACGUUCCGAAGAAUACAAUGUAUUUAGUUAUGAUUUUGGCUGUAAAAAGAAAGCUAUGAGCGAUAUUCUUGCCUCGCGGCUCAUCUUGAAGUGAACACUGCAAUGGGAAGCCGGCUUAAAUCUGAUAGGUUUUUGAAGUCUAUGAGCUUAUACUUACCUGACUCGUGAUUUUCAGAGACACUUACUCUCAAAACUUAUCUUCUUGAAUGAAAAUUGUUGUCUCCGUACAUGGUUCACCGAGUUAUAUUUAUUUUACUGAUUGUUAGUAGUCUCUUUCUCAAUUUAAUCGCUGCGCAGGUUCUUUUCAGUCGAACAUAAAACAAAACACUGCACGCAGGGCUACUCAAAAUGCCGCGCGUAAAUAUCUCAUAACAAAACCAUAACUAAAGAAAAAUAAAACCUAAACAUAAUAAGAUCUCUAUCAUGUUGAAGCUUAACUCUGUUAAUAUUCAUUCAAACGGCUCUGACAACUCGGACCGCAAAUUUGGUGCUUGACAAAAGUGAGAACCCGUCCGGCUGGCCAUAUAAGUGAUUUUGGGAAUUUUUUGAUCGUUUUCACUGAAAUCCCAUAACUAUUACUCUGCAUAUCACAUAGGAGCAUAUUUUUCCGACUAAACAGUCCCGUUAUUAUGGAAAAUUCUCUUCAUGAAAACGUUUUCUAAUGUGGUCAAUUCUAUAAUCUUUUGCUCAAAGGAAGUGCGUGCUUCGAUCGUCCUGGAUAUUGAAUGAACGCAAUUUGUCUUGCAAAAUUGUGAAAACUGCAGAAUCAUAGGUUUAAAUAGGGCAAGGAAGAACAAAUCCUGUUCGAGGUCUGUAUGAUAAAAAACAGGCACACAGGCAUAGCACUGUUUUCCUCAGACCUUCGGCUUAAUUAUGUAUAAAAACACUGAUAAAAAGUGUAUUUAAGACUAUUUUACACACCACCAGAUUUGUGGCCAAGAUUUACUUGUAAAGUAAACCUGUAGAACACAAAUCUUUUUCGAAACACAAAAAGACCGGCCUGAAUUUUUUGUUAUUUUAGCCUUCCUUUUAGACAGAUGAAUGCAACGUGUAAAUUGGCUGCAACUGAGGACUAUCGUUGCAUAAAAUUAUGUUUCGGAGAUCUCUCCAACGGAGUGGUUGGAGAGACUAUGAAUGAACCUUAUAAAAAUAAAGCAGAUAAAGGCAGUGUAGGUGGGUGAGUGAGUUUAACUUCUUUUGUUUGGGAAGAAUUUGUUUUCUAGGCCUAAUCUACUGUCAAAUCGAAGAAGAUUGCUAUUUUUUGGUGUACAUAUGAGACUAUUAACUCGCAAAAUUUGUUUCACUCUUGAACUGUCAAAUUAUUCUUCCCUAACGAAUCACUUUCCCUCAAAAGUCUCAUGGAUGUACCUUAAAGUUAACUGAUUAAUUUUUAUUUUUUUUAUUGAAAUUAUUAAUUUAUUAACGUGAGCUUCGCUUUUAGCCCUGGCUAAAUCUACAUAUUACCUUUUGCGUCAUCAUAGCACACCAGCGGCCUUGAUAACCAAAACACUAUUUACACAACGAUAAAAAGUUAGUUUUCAUAACAUUUAGAAGUUUCUCUUGGUAUCGUGACUAGCAGAUAUACUCUGAUGGGGAAGUGGAAUGAAGAUUGAAGUACUUUCACUGCAUAAUAAUUCACGUGAUUACGCGAGGCACGAACCCAUUUCCUGGCCGAUGGAAAGCCCCUGGUAAAAAUUGUGCGGCAGCAGCAAAAACGUAGGGUAGAAAACACAGAAAAGGUAGAUGAAACGCAAAAUUGGAAAGUUGGUGUUACCGGGUAUUACUUAUAAAAGGGGUGAUGAAUGGUCCAUUAAAAUUUUUAACUGCUCGUAAAAUUUUACCUUUGCUCGAUUUGCUCGCAAAAUUUAAGCGAGUGCUCGCUUGCUCGUGCUCCCCAAAUUUUGCGUUGCUCGCAAGCUCGCAAAGCAAAUUUUUUAUUUCUGCUCGCGCUCGCAAAACAAUCGCAGUGCUCGGCAUGCUCGCAAAUGCUCGCAAAGACCAUUCGUCACCCCGCAAAAAUAUAAACGGGCAUUGCAAAGCAAAGGGACGCUUGGCUGGGGCAAACCCUACCUUGGGGAAGCUGAAGUGCCAAUUAACAUUUGUAACGUUUUGGUUUUGUUUCACUGAUUUGCUAGUGGGUCUGGUACAGCAUGUCAUGAAACAAAACAAUUUUGUAUACAUAUUUCAGAUAACCAUUGCUUGCUCUUGGAUCUUUGGGAUCGUUAUCGCUUUUCCACUGUUCCUCUCAAGGAACUUUGACAAGGAAAAGGAUUGGUGCGUUUCUACUUGGUCUGAAGAAUGGAUGGGUAAAGCCUAUAGCAUGGUUUGGUUUCUGUUUACAUCAUUUUUCCCGGUUACUUUCAUGAUCGCUCUAUACUCCCAAGUCGUGUACACUUUGUGGUUCACACGUUCAAAGCCAAGAGGAAAUCAGCAUUGUGUGCAACAGGUUCGAAACUAAAUUAAAAACAACAUGCCUUAUACCAAUUUAUUCCUGCGAGAAAAAGUUCUCUUUUUGGCCAUGUAGAAAUUUCUUUGUUGAUCAAUCUUGUUCGGUCAAGAUAGCUGGAUAUUCCCCGGAGCUGGUACACUUGAGCUACCAGUUUUCAUUGAUCGCCCAGUCGAAGUGCCACUUAACGCAUGUUUAAAGUGAAAUUUUUCGUUUCAUUUAACGUCCUCCUUUGUAAUAGCUCUAUUCUUAAGCGCAAGCCGCGACAAAACCAUUCAUGAUUCUUUAUUUGAUCAUUGUUAUUUAUCUUGUUAUAAAUAGCUCCCGAUUUCACAGUGUGAGUUCUGUCUUGAUAAGCAAUGAAGAAACGCAUGCAUAAAUCGAGAAAUCAUACCUCUAAAAACCUCUACACAUUUUUCGCAUCCUUUAUAAAUGAGCCAAUCGGCUUGUUAAUGUGUUUCCCGUAAAAUCCUCCACGUUUAGUUAUAUUGGAAUCGAAAUCCACGUAGUACGUGUCAAAAGCUCGGGGUGGGCAAAUGCCCGACCCCCCGGGCCACGCAAAAUUUGAUAAUGCCCCACCCCCGAGACUGACAAGGUAGGCAAAUGUUCCCCAGUAGCCCGGCGGAGGGAGCUGGGCGUAGCUGGAUUUGUCUGAUGCAUAAACACACAAAAAAGAACUUGGCCAAUAUCCAACCACCUUGACCUCACGCUUGGUCAAUAACGCAUGUGUGUAGGUUUAUGUCACCCACCGUCAUUUGGUAUUAGUGAGUUACCUACAUAGCUGCUGGUCCCGUAUACUCACCCGCACCAGGGUUUACUCUGUUCCACAAAACAACAAGUUGAAAUUUUUAAUUUUUGUUUUCAGGGUGUACUGAAAGUACGCAAGCGGGUCACCUUGAUGGUCAUAACAGUCAGUAUAAUUUUUGGAGUAACCUGGCUUGCAGACUCGUUUAACUAUUUCCUUUACUUCUAUAAGCCUUCCUUCAGUAAGCUGACAUUCGCAACAGCUAACAUUUUCAUCCUGUUCAAUUCUGCUAUCAAUCCUAUUUUGUAUGCUUUGAUAAAUCAGCGAUACAAAGAGAAAAUGAAAGGAAUAUUAAAAUGCAAGUGCCGUCCAGAACCAAACGGGAUGUUUUCUGUUAAAAAUCAUGAGAAAGUGGAAAUAGCGUUAUCUCCUUUCACCAAAGCCAAUUAACGGACAAACGUAGCCAAGGGAGUGAUUUCUGAUAAUUUAAUUUAUUUAAAGAGUUUGCCUUAAUUAAUACCUGUCUGGAUUUAUUAAAACCAUAGUUAAUUGAGUGGAAUGGUUAUGAAACCCGUCAUACUCCUUUGUUAUAUGUUUUUGUGGACCUGAAAGUGCACAACGUUCAAAA